GGGAAUUUGCGAGCCAAAUAUAAGCUCGCCCUUGCAGCUCAACCGGGAAGCACUCCCCAGAAAGGUUUAGAGCGCGCUAUUUAUUCGCGGCUGAGACGUUUGAUCAGCCAAUCAGAGCGCGGAGCUCAUUCAUGGUGUUAUACUUCGAGGGGGCAUAUGAACAGAAUGAGGGACGACACAAGUCCCGUUUGUCGCUUCGAAAUUCCUUUUUUUUAAACCUCGUGUUCUUCAAUAAGAUUAAAGCUAUGGCCCCUUCAGAUACCAAAAGAAAAGACGCCCCCAGUGCCCGACAUCGCUCCCAUAAGGGCUGCUGGACGUGCAAACGGAAACGAAUCCAAUGCGACGAGACUCGACCUGGAUGUCAGAGGUGCAGCUCCAGAGGAGUCACCUGUGAAGGCUAUGAGAUUCGACUUCGCUGGGGUGCCGGUAUCGCGUCAAGGGGCCGAUAUAGUGGGGCGGAGAAGCCCGUCAAGGAGUUUAUACCACCGCCAUCAAAGCGCCGGUGGGAUCUGCGCGACAAAGGCGAGCAAAGAGAGGAAGGAGAUCAUCAGGGUCAGCCCGUGUUGCUAUUUAGCUCGAGUUCUAGCGAUGUCAGGUCGAUGGCGCAUUUGAAUCAACCCGUUCACGAGCGACCGACGGUGAAUAUACUGAACGUACCGUACGGGGACAAUCAAAAUGACUACAUACAUAUCAAGAAACACUUUGAGCUUCCGGUAUCGAUGAGGGAUAUUGAGAGUGCCCAGGAACAUUUACUUGGAAGGAGAUCAACUCAAUAUUCCAAGAAUAUGACAGGAGGACGCGCUAUUCUUGCCUAAACGGGCUUCUGUAUUGAAAUUAUGCUGGUGUUCAUGUCAUCGAACUGAGCUAUAAUAAUUUAUGAAUCAUGAAC